AUGAUAAAGAUGAUAUCAGGUCCAGAUUUACUCAUACUGCCAUUGUUAAUCCAAUUGAUCUGCUUGCAUUCCGUGUCCGCGGUGCGUGAUCGUUUGUUACGCGUAUUGUUCAAUCUGUUCGGUCCAGAGUACAAUUGUUCUAGUAGUAGUUCCGGUAGCCAAACAAUCACCAGUACUACUACUCCGACCUAUCCGCCAACUGUGGACUCGUCCAAUCACACAGCCCUCCUGAUCGAUUGCAAUCAGCACCGGGCAUUGACUUUACACGCGUGUCAUCUGAUCGCCUCGUAUUUGGGUAAGCACGUGACUUUCUUUUCUUCGUGUUUUGUUAUCGUUCGCGGAACCUAUUUUCACUACGGUUCGUGGAGAGUCACAUCAAAGCUGUGUGCAAGGUGGAAAUUAAACCCCCCUGGUUUCUAG